UCCCACCUGAUCUGACAUUUGCUGAUUUCUUCAUGGGCAUUGGGUACCAUCCUUCAGUGGGGUUAUUCAGGUUGGUGACCGUGUUAUUGUAAUGAACAGAGCAGGAUUAUGGUCCGAACUGGUUGUGAUUCCAGUCAGUAAUACCUUCCUGAUGCCUGAUGGGAUGAGUUUUGAAGAGGCUGCUGCCAUUCCGGUCAAUUAUGUCACUGCAUAUAUGAUGAUCUAUGACUUUGCAAAUCUGCGUCCAAAUCAGAGCAUUCUCAUCCAUAUGGCAGCUGGCGGUGUGGGGACUGCUGCAACGCAACUGUGUAAAAUAGUUAAAGAUGUGACUAUCUUCGGAACUGCCUCAGCAUCUAAACAUGAAAUCAUCAAAGAACAGGGUGUGACUCAUCCCAUCGACUAUUCUACCUUGGACUAUGCUGAAGAAGUUAGAAAGAUAUCCCCCAAUGGUGUUGACAUUGUUUUGGAUCCCCUGGGUGGAGGUGACACAACUAAAGGCUAUAAUUUGCUCAAACCAAUGGGAAAAAUCGUAUUAUAUG